AUGAAUUUUACAACAACUGAAACUUUUUUGCCUGAGAUCGAGACGGAGGAUACGUCUUGGACGGAUACAGCUGCUCCCUACAUUUUGGGAUUUAUUUUCGCCAUCGGAUUCGUGGGCAACGGAAUGCUGAUCUUCAUCAUCGUAGCCAACGCGUCCAUGAGAUCAGUGACCAACUUGCUGCUUCUUAGCAUGGCGGUUGGAGAUUUCUUGGUCAUCAUAUGCAGUCUUCCGCUACGGAUCCUCCUAUACGUGAAUGUUCAGUGGACUUAUGGAGACUCCCUUUGCCACUUGUACGAGUUCCUCAUCAACCUCUCGCUAGGAGUUUCUAUCUUUACUCUGACUGCUCUGGCUGGAGACAGGUUUGUGGCGGUUGUCUGGCCAAUUUCUACGCUGAAAUGGUUGACGAAAAAAAAGUCUAUAAUUUUAAUAGCAUCGACGUGGUUAUUGGCCAUCAUAUUUGCGUUACCAGAUCUCAUCACAAGUAGAGUUGUAUCGUUUUACGGUAUGAUCUAUUGCGAUCAGUAUGGCCUGCUUUCUGGCAAAGAUUAUAUUCAUUCAUACCAAUUGGCAAGGCGAUUAACAAGUUUGAUUGUUUACUACGUUAUACCCGUUAUCCUCAUCACAUUUAUGUACGCCAUGCUAGCUUUCAGACUUUACACCGAUCCAUCUAAAACCUUGUCCCAUAGCAGAAAGUUAAAGUUGAAAGAUUCCAACAUGACAAGAAACCAGCAAAAAAUUAGAAACAGAAUCGCCAAGAUAGUUUUGAUACUAGCCGUAUGCUUUAUAAUUUGUUGGACUCCUCGUUAUGUCUUUGUAUUUUUCAUCAAUUACUCUUCCGGAAAGCACUUCUCUGAAGCAAUCUUUGCUUGGAAGUUAAUGACUUUCGUACUCUCCUUUUUAAAUUCUUGCAUCAACGCUCCUGUCCUCUACUUCAUGAGUUCAGAUUUCAAAAAAUUCUUCAACCACUACUUCUGCGGCUUGUGCUGCAAGAAGAAGAGGCUGGGUUCGGUGAGAAGAUGCAGCGAGAUCGGAGCGGCCACGUCGUCAUUUCGAACCAGUAACGAAACGAACCACGUUGUAACGGUUCUCUGA